UAGUAGAUUAUUCGGUGGCUUUUAUUUUGAAGGACUGUUUGUUAUUGCUCAAGAACGCAUGCGCAGUGAUAAAAGCGACGCAAACAGGUUGAGAAAUGCAGACAGUGGAGUGAUCGUAACAACACUAACGUUAACUAUAUUAAUUUUCACUAAAUAUUCCAUUAUAAGUGCGUCAUUUUCACGCUUGUUUGUAACGCUAGUUGUUACUUAAAAGCAUGUUUGUUAAAAAGGAUUUUGUUUUGAAGCGUGCCACCGGAAAUCGAAACGUUAGCUAAAGUUGUCUGGAUCUAGCUAACUCGCCAUCUCAAUAACGCUACAUGUAAGGCAGCAGAGGGCCUUUUGUGUCAGUGCUUAGGUUGUGACUCUCCUCCAGAGCGGGUAUCCAUCAGCGAAAGCCAGAGGUUGAACAAUGAACACAGAGAGCGCCACAUGGAGGCGAUGCUGAAAAACGUGACGAGCACGGUGGAGCUGCUGGCCGUGGCGGCACAGAGCGGUGCGGUGGAGCAAUGGGAUAAACAAACUCUGUCCAGAGCGUUUGACUGGGCCCGGUACUGCGAACAUGUUUUCUCUAAGUUUCACAAUGUCCCCACUGUAAGGAGGAUUAUGGAGACGCAGCUGCAGCUCACAAAUCAGGGUUUGCAAGCUGCCCUCCCCGGAUAUACAGAAAUCUCCUUCUCGGACCUCUCACGGUGCCAGCACCUGUUGCUCGUUGGGCUGCUGAACAAUCCUGAGCUGCCCAGCAAGAUCAUGGAGAUACUCUUUGACAUCACGAGUAACGGAAACAGUAAGAACUGUGAGUAUCCGGAUGUUACCGGCCUCUGCAGCCGCAUCAUUCAGUACAAAUCUGCACGUCAAGUUUUGAGUCCUCUCGCAGACCUGUCAGCGGUUGGUGCUGAUGCUGCGGUGCAGGGGGUGAUGCUGAUGGAGAGACUGGGUGCUCUGCUGAGCCAAGGCAGUGAGGUCUGCCAGAUAGAGCACUUUUUAGACUCUGUACUACUAGGUUGUGAAGAAGCAGCCCAACAUUUCUGUCUGGUCAUUGCUGCAGCUCUGCUGACGCCGAAAAAUUCAACUGCUUCACAUGAUUUUCUUCUAGACUGGCUACAGAAAAAAGACAGCAUGCUGCAGCACAUGUACUCUGCACUGCCUACUCGACUUCUUAAGGACGUGGCCAAAGAACACCUGAAGUUCAGAGAUGCAUACUGUGAUGUACUGAAAAAAUGGGCCUCCGAGAUGGAGUACAGCAUAAACGACAGGGUAUGGGUUCAACCCAGCUCUACCACCACAGUGUCCUUCCAGAAACUGACUGAGCACUUUCUAUCCUUGUUUGAGGCCUGUCCAUCUCUGAAGGAGGAUGUAGAGAAGGAGCUAAGUGCUUUGAAGACGUCUGAUGGAGACUUUGAUGUCAGAGGUCUGAGUGUGUGGGGAGACCUCCUGACAGCAUUAAAAAAGUGACUGUCAGGCUAGGGCUUUCGGUAGAGAUGGUAAAGAUACUGACAAAAGGCACGUCUGUCUGUAUACUGAUGCAAUAUAUGACUAUAGAGCUUGGUAUUUUUGAUUCCAAAAAAAAGCACCAGUUAUUGAAAGCUGCCGGUGACUGAAUGUUAGCAUCAAGAGCUUGCACAGAUUCUUGUUCUUUAUUUCUAAUUAAACAGAUUUUAGUCUAUAUUUUAUUUAGACAAAUGUCUUUCAUGGAUGCUUACUUUAUAAUUUAAGAACAUUGGUUUCUUUUGGUAAAUUAAAAAUGGUUUCUUAGAUAAAUAUAUUUAUAUUUCAACAGAGGAAUGUAUCAAAAGUGUUGGGAUCAAAACCUGGAUCAUAUCAUAAAGUUUCCAGAUGGUAA